UAGCAGCAACAGCAGCAACACGACGACAGCGCCACAAACAACAACACACAACAGAAUCAAUUUUUGUGUACAGUGCAAAUUAUAUUACAAAAUAAAACAAUACGACGAAAGGUUGCAAGCAAAAAAAAGAAAAAAUAAUAAUUAAAAAGGCCAAGCAAAUAAAAUUGCAAUAUUUGUGAUUGUUCGAAGGCCUUUUUGUUUUUUUUUUGGUUUCGUUUGUUUGUUGUUUUGUGUUGGAGCAGCAAGCAAAUAUUAUAGAAGAAGAAACUGAGAAGAAAAGUGAAAUCGAUUAAUAAACGCAAUAGGCAGCAGCAGCAGCAAUAACAACGACAACAAGAACAACUCAAAGACUUGGAUGGAAAAAGAAAAACAGAGUAAAAACAAGCUCAAAAUAAAAACAAAACGCAACAGCAAAGCAGAGAUUUAAUUUAAUGUCGCAGUUAAUUUGUGUGCUAGCAAGAAGAAGCAGCAGCAGCAGCAACAACAACAACACCACCAGCAGCAGCAGCAGCAAAAACAACAACAACAUCAUCAGCAGCUGAGGCAGAGCAAAGCAAAGAAAAAGAACGUACGACGCAGACGUCGCAGCCUGCCUCUCUCUCACUACUGUGUGAGUGCGAGCGUGUGUGUGUGCGUGGGAGAGCGAGCGAGGCAGCAGCAGCAACAAAGGAGAGAACAGUGUGUGCGCUCUUUUCGUUCGUUCGUUGAUUUUUUUUGUGUUUUUUGACACAAUUCAAACAAUCGCGAGCGGGGUGCGAGGUGCGGAAGCUUUGCACUUGAAAGUUUGUUUCUAAGCUCGACUUUGUGUUUGCAGCAGCGCGUCCCUGUGCGUGUGUGUGAGUGUGUGGGCGUCAACAGUCGACAGCGAACGAUUUGGGCGGUGGGCGUGUCACUAUUGACGCAGCCAAAAAAAAAAAAACGACGGAAAAAAAACGCAAGACGCAGUUUGUUUGUUGCCAGCCAAAAGAUAAAAACAACUCGAAUUUACUGUUGCUGCUGCUGCCGAAUGCAACAACAACAACAACAACGAGAGCGAGAAGAGGAAUAAGAAGAAGAACAGCACACAUAAUAAACACAAAAACAACAUAACAAAAAAAAAAAGAGAGCAGCAGCAACAGAAGAAAAAUCUGCAGCAGAGGACGCUAACACGACAACAGCUGAAAACAUAUGAUUUUUGUUUGUGUUGUUGUUUUUGUGCUCUCUCAGCAGCAAUAACAACAGCAACAACAACAACAACGCAGCAGUAAUAAUAAUAGGCUAAGUCAAAGCUGUGGAACGAGUGGAAGAGGAACGAGUUAAACCAGUCGGUUGUUGUUGCUGCUGCUGCCUACCAAAAAAAAAAGAAACAAAAAAGCAACCAAUUCUCAUCUGUUUCUUGACGUCGUCGUAACAACAACAACUACAACAGCAGCGUCAAGUGUUGACAACAGCUGAGCAGUCGAGACAGUCUGUCUCCAACGUGAGAGAGACACAUUCACUCACAUCGCUUGCUCUCUCUCUCUCUCGUUCUGCCGUUCACUCCCGUCUCACUUUAGACGGAGAGAGGGAGAGGGAAAGGCGAAAGGCGGAAGGAAACAUCCCCAAAAGCCAAGGCAUCGUCUUAAUACAGAGUAAUGUCAGCGGACUCGCCACGGCGCCAUCAUCAUCACAAUCAUCAUACAACUGGCGUUGGCAUUAGCGUUGGCACAGGAGGCAGCAGCGGAGGCGGAGGCGUCAGCAGCGGCGGUGUUGGAGGCGGUGGUGGUGGUGUUAAUUUGGGAUUACGCGGUGGUGGUGGCCACACGAUGCCCGCCAUUGUGCCACCUCAAGCAGUGAGCGAUCGUUCCAUUUUGGACUCGGCGAUUGGUUUCAUCAACGAUGUGACAUUGGUGCAUCAACCGCUGCAGGAUCCCAAGGACACAAUCACCUGGGCCCGGUUCGAGACGAGCGCCGAUGUGAGUGAUCCUCGCUUCGGCGAUGACUGGGAACUCGAAGGCAAUGCGGCGCCUCCCUUACUCCUGAUCCUCGGCUACGGUCUGGGUGUUCAGGUCUGGGCCAUACCCGCCAACGGUGAGGCUGUCGAGGUCUUAUCCUGGCGUCAUGGCGUCGUCACCGCACUCCGGGUGCUGCCCACACCGACCACAGCCGCCUCGGCUCUGGAUGAGACCGGACGUGCGGAUGAACCCGUCGAUGCAUUCGCCGAGAAGCGACCUCUCGUUGCUCUCGUCGAUGGCGGCAGCGCUGCGGCCAGCAAUCUGUUGUCAGGCGGUCCACAUGGAGGUCAUAUGUCCGGUGGCUCUGGUGCCUCGGGCGGAAAUCUCUCUGGAGGUGGCUCGUCGCACUUCAGUGCCGUCAAUUUCGUGUCACUGAAGACGGGCGCCCAGGUGAAGACGAUGAAGUUCAAGAAUCCUGUGCUGGACAUACAGGCAAAUCGAUCAGCAGUGGUCAUUAGCUUCCACGAGUGUCUCGCUGUCAUCGAUGCCCGCACGCUGGAGGAUCGCCUAACAAUUACCACCUGCUUUCCGAGUCCGGGCAUCAAUCCGAAUCCCAUAGCGCUUGGUCCACGUUGGCUGGCCUAUGCGGAGCACAAGCUGCUCCACACCAAGCGCAGCGGCGGCGGCUGCGAUGGCGAGGGCGUGCCCAGCUACACGGCAACGGUGCUAAAUGCGGCCAAAUCCUUUGGCAAAGGCCUUCGUGAGCUGGGCGAACAGGUGGCCGCCGGAUUGACGGGCACAAGCGCCGGCAGCGGCAACAGCUCGAAGAGCAGCAGCUUCGACUCGGCCACCGGCGGAGUGGAUGCCAAACAAUCUGGUGUGGUGACCAUCAUUGAUGUCAAGCAUCCCAUCAAGGACUACAGUCCAACGACGGGCACACCGUCGUCGUCGUCCCCGAGCAGUGGUGAUCCAAUUGUUGCGCAUUUUGUGGCGCACAGCGAGGCGCUGGUGGCCAUGGAAUUCGAUAGCUCUGGGAUGCUGCUGCUGACGGCCGAUCGUCGUGGCCAUGACUUCCAUGUGUUUCGCAUCCAACCGCAUCCGGUGGGCUCCAGCCUGGCGGCCGUGCAUCAUUUGUAUGUGCUGCAUCGCGGCGAUACCAGCGCCAAGGUGCAACACAUUGCCUUCUCGCUGGACUCGCGUUGGGCGGCUGUCUCCACGUUGCGCGGCACCACACACGUCUUCCCCAUCACGCCCUACGGCGGCGCCAUGGGCGUGCGCACACACACCUCGCUGCAUGUGGUCAAUAAGCUGUCGCGCUUCCAUCGCAGCGCCGGUCUCGGCGCCGACGGACGCUCCAGCUCACCGAUAUCGCACUCGGAGAGCACAACGUUUGUGCAAUCCCUGCAGCCGUAUCAUAAUCCCACAUUGCCCCCAUUUCCACGACCCGCUGUCGUCCAGCCGCUGGCCCAGCUCCGGCAGCCCUUCACGCUUGGCUCGCCGCCUGGAAGUGCCACGUUGAGCGGCGUCGUCUCCGGGGGCAGCGGACAUCAUCAUCAUCAUCACCAUCAGCAUUCGCAUGGCGGCAGCGGCGGUGGCGGAGGUUCACAUGGAUCCCAUGGCGUUGGUUCGCAUCAGCGUCAGCGUUUGUCUUCGCUCUCGGAUGACAGCGGCAAACCGUUGAGUGUCUGUGCCACGUUUGCCAAGUCGCGCUCGUGGCUUCUGGAGCCGCCGACGGCGACGCGCGAGGCACCGCAUCGAGUGCAGAGGAAGGCGGUCGAUUCGCUCUUUGUGAUGGCCGGACAUGGUGCGCUCAUACAAUACGAUCUGGACACGAAGUUAGCCUCAAAUGUUGCCAAAGAGAAGAUUUGUGAUGAUACGCCCAUCGAGCUGGAGGUGGAGGCCAAGGCACAGUGGAAUCUGGGUCGACGCAAGGAUGGAUCUCAAGAAAUUAUACCACCGCUGGCGCUGGACAAUUGGCUGAUCAAGGAUCGCCAUGCCAGCCUGCUGAUGGACAGCGCUCAUCAGUUCGAUGAGCAGGAUGAACGCGCCGCCGAAAGCUGGUUGGCCCAGGUCGAGAUUAUCACGCACGCGGGUCCCCAUCGUCGUCUCUGGAUGGGGCCGCAGUUCGUCUUCAAGAACUACAAUACGCCCAGCGGCUCCAAUUUGAAUCACGUGGAUGCCGAAGCUGUGGAGAUUGGUGUGACGAAGACAACGACGACAACGUUGCCCUCAACGGCUGCCGCAUCGGGCGCCUCGUUGACGCCAGGCGGCGGUGGCGGCGCCGUUAUUACCGCCGUGGAGCGUUCCAGCCCCUUGAAUAUGCCACUGGGCGGGGCAGCUGUGGGCAGUGGCACUGCCACAGUGGCGACAACUGGACGUUCUUCGGUGCCAGUGCUCAUUGAAUCGGGUUCGUAUAGCAGCAUUGAGCAGAGUCCCAAGCUGAUGGAUCGCUUCCGUCACGGCCACUUGGACUCGGAUUAUGGACACGGCGAUAUGCGUCUCAAGGAGGAUCUCGCCGAUGCCAUGCGAGAGUCUCCAUCAACGGCUGCGGCGCGUCGUGAGACGGGCGUUGCAAUAUCCGAAACAAACAUCAGUUCAGCAUCAUCAGCAGCAACAGCUGCAGCUGCGGCAACAAAUGUGGCCACAAGUUGCGACAAUGCCUGCUACUAUGAUGCGCUGGCCGAGCACGAUGCGGCGGAUUACGAUGCCGAUGAGCAGCAACAACAGCAGCAGGAUAACAACAACGAAACCCUUUCGACAUUGGCCAGCGUUUUGCCCAACAUCUGUAGCUACGAUCAGGCGCCAAGCAGCAGCAACAGCAGCUCAGGGACAGCAGCAACUUUGACAGCAACCACGCGCAUCGAGAAGAUUGUGAAUCCGUUGGGAACGGUGACCGAUGUGCAUGCGGGCAUCAGCGGUGAACUGCAGACGGAUAUGCUCGAUGAGGUGGUCGGACAAUUGGCGGCCGAGGAUUGUGUUAUCCAUGAGAAUUGCGAUGAGGCGCUCUUUCGUCCGGUGGUGGCCAUAUUCUGUGAUGAGCUCGCCGAGCAGCGCAAGCAUGAGUUGCAGCUGCAGCAGCUCGAUGAGGAGACGGCGAGACGGGAGCGUGAGGCACGUGAGGAGCUCACAAAGCCACCCGUUGUGUUGGCCAAUAAACUGAUUGUCCCGGUGAUUGCCAAGGAGGUCGAUGAGGUGAUUGUGCAGAAGGAGAAGCAGUUGAAGAAGAAAUCGUUAAAGUCGCAAGCAGCUGCCGAGGAUGCGGCGCAAGCUCAGCGUUUUGCCGAGCUAUCGCAUCUGAAUAAGCCAGGAAAGCAGUUGCAACCGGAGCAGCAAUCGCUUAAUAAAACUGCCAGCCAAUUGAAGCCACAAGCAACAACAACAUCAUCAUCAGCAUCAACUGGAACAACAACAACAACAACAACUGCCAGCGAGGAUGAGACAUUUGAGGAGGAAAUGCAAACAUCGAUUAGCUCCACAGUGUCGAUAAAGUCCAGCAAAAAAAUCAAAGGCCAAGCAAAAGCAACAGCAAAAGGCGGCAGCAGCAGCUGCCACACAGCAACAACAGCAACAACAACAGCAGAAGGGCAGCAACAAGAAAGACAAAAAGCAACCACAACAGCAACAGCAGCUAGAAAAAGAAAAAGAACCCGAUCCGGAUCCGGCUGACAGUUUGCUGGAGAACAAAGAGACAAUUGCAGCGGUUAUGAUGAGCAGCGCCAGCGCUCAAGGCUUAGCGUUGCAUGUGCAGCAGGAUGAGGAGGAAGCUGAGGAACCUACACAAACUGAGAAAGUAAGGGAACCCGAACCGC